GGUAGAAGCACCGGUUUUGGCCUGGCCCAGAAAAAAUAUUUCUAAAACCUAUGUGUAUAUCAAAAGCUUUCAAUUUAUAUUUUGUAUACAAAAUAUCUAAACUGAGCAGAAAACUGUUUUCGCAUUGAAAAUAGCAUUGGUCAAUAUAGGCCACCAGAACCAGUUUCAGUCACAUUUUUAACUUUGGUUCCUAAAUUAACCAAUCACAUUCAUUUCUUAUGAUGGUGGCCAAAAUAAAGAUAAGCUGGACAAAUCAGUAGUAUAGUUGCUUCACCAUGUGAAUAUGGUCUACUUAACACAAAAUGAGGCAUGCUGAUUUGCUUUGUUAUAUUUUGAAUAAUGUACUCUGGCUACAACUGGUGCUAUUGCCAAAACUUGUGUUUCUACCCUAGUGCAACCAUUUUCAAUUUUCUUUAACUGUACGUUUUAUAAUUUCAGGGGUUUCUUAACGGAAGCAAAAACAUGAAAUUCGAAUCCGAUCUGACAGCAGAAGAGAUACGCUUCAUGAUACUUAAUUAUUAUAUAAGGCAUCGCUUGACACAGAGGGCUUUAGUCGAUCUACUAAAGAUGAUAAAUUUGAUGGUGGGAUCUAAAAUACUCCCAGAAUGUUUCGAAGCAUUUAAGGCCUAUUUUCCUGAACCUUAUGAAAUUUCACGGAUUUAUUAUUGCACCGAAUGUCAAUGCAGAAUGGGCAAAUCUACACCCGUCAAAGGUGCUGUUUGCUCAAUCCCUGAGUGCAGUGGGAAUAAAUUCGAUUUUUUUAUAACUAUUCCCGUUGCACAACAAUUGCGAGAAACAAUGAUCAAAUAUCGCAAGCAAAUAGCAGAUUAUGAAGAUCUUGUUAGAAGCGAAGGGAUAAGCGAUAUCAACAAAGGAGCAAUAGUUCAAGAGCUUUCUACAAAAAUCGAUGGUAAGACUAUAACGCUCUCAGUAAAUACCGAUGGAGCCGCAGCAUAUCGAUGGAGUAUCAAUAAGCCCUGUUACCCUAUCUUCGUAGUCGUCAACAAUUUGCCACCCCGGAUUCGUUUCGACAAAAAAAAUUUGUUAAUGGCAGCCAUAUGGCUAAACAAAGGUGAACCAAACAUACCACUUUUCUUCCAAGAGUUUUGUGAAGAAAUGAUGAGGCUGAGCAAAGACUUCAUCAUUCAAUCUGAUGUAUACAAUGUAGUAGUCGUUCAAAACUGCUUGGAUUCAGUUGCAAGACCAAAGCUUCAGAACUCUACCCAAUUCAACGGAAGAUUCGGAUGUUCAGUCUGUAAUCACGAAGGUAAAGUUGUUAAUGGUAACCAAAUACGAUACCCAUUCAAAACGACCGAUAACAGAGAUCAUUCUGAAACUCGCCAACUAAUGAUAGAGGCACAUAACACCGGAACAUCCAUAAAAGGAAUCAAAGGGUUAUCGGUAUUUUUAUCAAUCCCACAUUUUGACAUAGUUCGAGGGUUCCCACCGGAUUAUAUGCAUUCCGUUUUGCUCGGCGUUGUCAAACAAUUGUGGGAACUUUUCACAGCAUCAUCGAACCACACCAAGCCGUAUUAUAUUGGAACGCAGAUGUCUGAAGUCGAAACAAGAAUGUUGAAUAUCCGAACACCCAGCUUAUUUUCACGAUAUCCGGGGAAAAUUGAGGAUAUGAAAAAAAAUAAGGCUAGUGACUGGGAAAACAUGUUAUUCCACUAUUUCUAUCCAAUUGUUAUUGGAAUUCUUCCGAAAACGUAUUUGGAUAACUUCAUGCUGCUCUCCACAUGUAUUUUCCAACUGCUUGACACUAAUUUAACAGAAAAAACCAUUGACAUGGUCGAUAUCCAACUAAAAAAUUUCGUUCGUAAAUUUCAAAAGUUGUACGGUGAAGAGAAUAUGUACUUUAAUGUUCAUGUACUGACGCACUUGCCAAGCAGUGCUAAAAAUUUCGGUGCUCUGUGGAACUCAUCUCUUUAUCCUUAUGAAAAUGGAAACGGGAUGAUACUAGGAUUUAGAAACGGUAAUAAUCAUCCAGUUGUUCAAAUAGCGCACAAAUUCAUGUUAAAUCGCAUUUGCCAUAACGAUGCCUACCUAAAUAAUAGUUCCAUUAUUACGUGGCAUUCCAAUUUGUGGAGUUCUAAACCUGUACAACGCAUAACGUUUGACCGUGAAUUAAUUUUUGAAUUAUCUGAGACGUUACAAAUCGAUGAAACAAUUACAGAGAGAGAAUUCAGUCACCACAACAAAUUCACUUACGACGGUGUUCAAUAUUGUACCAGAGAAAGUUGCAAAGAGUUGGGUUACGAUGAUUCCUUCAUCAAAAUAGGGUCUCAUUUUUAUCACAUCGAACAUGUGUUGGUAGAUAGAAACGAUAGAGCUCAUAUCAUUGGCAGGAAAUUGAACACAACUCAAAUUUUUAACAACAUGUUUUCUUAUAAAAAUAGUUCUGAGUAUCAUUUGAAACAAAUUACACAUAACGUUCGACCUUGCGUUAGCAUUUCAAUUCAAAAAGAAAAAAACACGGUGCAUUAUAUUUCAGCUUGCAAACCAAAUACACAAAUAAAUUAGCAUUAAGACUAAAGCUGUACCUAUCUCUAAGAUUUAAACGAAAUAAAUACGUAUAUCAAUAUAAAACUGUGUUUACAUUAUAUGAUAAC